CCGACUUCAGAGAUGGUUAAUAACGCCAUCAAAGAUUUGAAAGAAAGAAGUGGAUCGUCAUUGCAGGCCAUCAAGAAAUUUAUAGCUUCCAACUAUAAAGUAGAUUCGGAAAAAUUGGCUCCUUUCAUUAAGAAAUACCUCAAAUCAGCUGUGCAAUCUGGAUCUUUAGUUCAGACAAAAGGAAAAGGCGCAUCUGGUUCGUUCAAAUUGGCAGCUGGUGGUUCGACAUCGGGAUCCCAGAAGAAAGUGAUUAAAAAAGCCACCUCCAAGUCCAAAGAUGAUCUUAAAAAAUCCACUUCGGCAUCAGCUGUGGUGACCGACAAGAAGAAAAAGAAGUCUACUGUUGCCAAAAAACAAGCCGCUGUA